AUGAAUGAUGAUGAUGAUGAUGAUGAUGAUGAUGAUGAUGAUGAUGAUGAUGAUGAUGAUGAUGAUGAUGAUGAUGAUGAUGAUGAUGAUGAUGAUGAUGAUGAUGAUGAUGAUGAUGAUGAUGAUGAUGAUGAUGAUGAUGAUGAUGAUGAUGAUGAUGAUGAUGAUGAUGAUGAUGAUGAUGAUGAUGAUGAUGAUGAUGAUGAUGAUGAUGAUGAUGAUGAUGAUGAUGAUGAUGAUGAUGAUGAUUGA